AUGAGUGAGAUAGGAGGACUAAUCCUAGGAGGAGGGGUGGAUGGGGCUAGUGUCGGUGGCGGCGAUGACCUUGUCUGCAACACAGGUGAAUUAACUAGUGGCGACGGUGACCGAGUGGAGUUUCUGGGGGGUGGUCCUGUCGUAGGGGGUGGUGAAUUUUUAGGUGGCGGGGAUUGUGGCGGCAUGGCAGCCGGAGGAGGUGGCGAAUUUCGUAGUGGUGAUGGUGAUGAAUUGUUUGGUGGUGGUGUUGAUGGCUGUGGGGAUGUAUUGUUAGAAGGGUUUGAUGGUGGGGGCGGUGAAGGGCUUCUUAAUGGAAUUGGUGCUGACGGUGGUGGCAGUGGUAGAGAGCUAGGUGGAAUUAGUGGCGGCGCCGGAGAAGUUGGCGGUAGUGAAGACGGUGGUGGUGAUGGUGGAGGUGCUAAUGGAGAGGAAGUUCCAUACAUAGGGGGAGGUGCUAACAGCGGAAUAGGCGGCGGCACCGCCGGAGGUGGGGUUGAUAGAGGCGGUGAAAGGGGAGAAGGGGGUUGUUGCGGUGGUGGUGGUGGAUGGCGAGGGACUAGUAGUGUUGGAAGAGGGUGGUGUUUGUGGCGGUGGCCUAGCCGUGGAUGA